AUGUACCCAACUGACAGGAGUAUUUCUGAGGAAGAUGGAGAUUCAUCCCCAUUCCUUCACUCAGAGGGCUCUAGUAAAUAUCCGGUGAGGAUAAAUGAUUGCAAACAAGGUUUCGACCCUACCAGCGACUCGGCAAAUCCGCAAGAAUGGCCGUUGUCUUACAAGCGAGGCAUUGUGGCCUUGCUAGCCGGAUCCGCGUUUACAGUAACGUUCAAUAGCAUGUCGGUCAUUCCAAUAGCAACCCAAAUCGCCGAAGAGGUUGGAAACGCGGAUGGUUCGAAAAUGGUUUCAGCUCUCCCCGUCACAAUAUGGGAGUUGGGCGAAGCGACUGGGUGUCUUCUCAUCGCGCCGCUCUCGGAAAUAUUUGGUCGUUACCGCGUGAUUAAUACUUGCAACAUUCUUUUCAUAUUCGCCACGAUUAUUGGUGCUGUAUCAACAUCUAUGCUGCAGUUCAUUGUCUCGCGGGCACUUGCUGGCAUGGUGGUAACUUCAAAUGUUCUCAAUCCAGCCAUCAUUGGAGAUAUAUUUCCCCCAGAGCAUCGAGGUACUGCGUUGAGCAUUGUCCAGUUCGCACCAGUUCUUGGUGGUACAAUUGGCGCUGCUGCCAGUGGUGCCAUCUCGGAACUGUUAGGUUGGCGUUCUGUGCUUGGGACUAGCAUUCUAAUGGCAAGCCUUUGCCAGUUGGGUUUCUUGGUCUAUUAUAGGGAGUCCUACAAACCAGCGAUACUAAGAAAGAGAGCGGUCGCACUGCAUGAAAAAAUGGACGAUAUAUCAAGCGUCGACAACUUGGGGGAAUCAUUGUUCCUUGGACAAGCAUCGACCGGUAUUUUAUUAUCUUUACUACGGCCCGCUUUGAUCAUUUUCGAUUCGGGCGUUCUUGCUGCUUUGUCAGUCUUUGGCUGUGUUUUGUUUGCACACUAUUGUGUCCAAAACGUGACGCUCCCCCUAAUCCUGGAAGACACUUAUGGCAUGUCUCCGGCUGAAGCUGGAAAAGCCUUUCUAGCAAAUGGCGCGGGAUCGAUAAUCGGUAUUGUCAUAUGCAAAUUUACUAUCGAUAGAAUAUAUCUCGGACUUCGAGCAGCGAACAAGGGGAUUGGGCGACCUGAAUACCGUCUCCCCAUGGCUAUAAUUGCAGCCUUGAUGAUGCCGCUUGCUCUCGCGCUGUAUGGCCUUUGCGCUGAAUAUAGGCUCCCGCUAGGCGUCUUGCUCGUGUCCGUCGCCUGGACCCGUAUGUGUAUCGUACUGGGCCUCGUGCCGGUCAUGGCAUACGCGGUGGAUGCCUGUAGUCUUUACUCAGCUUCUGCGGCGACAGGAAUUGUUGUCCUCCGAUGUAUUGCUGGUGCAUCCCUACCACUCCUUACGGUGCAGAUGGUAGAGUGUGUUGGCUAUGGCUCAAGCUACAUUCUGUUAAGUGCUAUCAGCCUGGGACUUGGGUUGAUUCCUAUCUUGGUCAUGCGUUUUGGGCCACAUUGGAGACAACGUUCAGGAUAUACAUCGUGA